AUGUCUUCUAAAUCUAAACGUCAUUGUAAUAGUGUAUUAUGGUUUAUAACAUUAAUUAUUUUUGCUAUACCUAUAUCAUUAUGUUUAUCAUGGAUCUAUAUAUUAUUAAUUAUUUGUAAUCCAUGUUCAGAAAGAUUAACUGAAUGUACAGAAAGUUUAUUAAAAGUAAUACAAUGGCCAUGGACAUGUGCUCAAAAUAUGUUACGUGGUGAAUCAUAUUUAGAAUGUUGUUGUUGUUGUUGUUAAAUUAAUUUAAUUAUGUAAAAAAUAAUAAUUUUUAAUAUUUAUACAAAUUAAUUCAAUGAUAAUUUCAUUUCAUAUUACAUAAUAGAAGAUACCGAUUGGAAUUAUUCAAUAUUCAUUGAAGCAAGGAGUUUUUUUUGAAAAAAAAAUAGAAAACAACUUAUUAUUCUGAAUAUAUUAUCAAAUUCAUUAAUACAUGCCUUAAUUUUGGCCUUUGUAAAAUAUUAUAAUUAUGGACCCAUAACUGUAGAGCCUGAUGAUGGAAUUAUUGAAAACAAUUGUUCGCUCAAAUAUUCUUCAUUUUUGAUUAUCUAUAUCUGCAAAGAAAAAUUUUUUUUGAUUUGAUUGUAAAUAACCAAUUUUUCUAUAAACUAGAACAAAUAUAUUGUAUAUGUAUGCUUAAUAUCGAAUUCACUGUUAAAACGUUAG